AUGACGUGCUGUCCGCAGUGUGUGUGUGUGUGUGUGUGUGCUAUUUCUAAUGUCAUUACUAAAAGCAGACAGACGGAGAGCGCAGAGGCUGCAGUAUAUGAGCUCCACAAGAUUCUUCUCUGGAACACGCACUGCUCGCACUUUAACAACUUUCGGGAGCAAAAUAUAAUAUUAUCCACAGUGAUCAUGUCAGAAUCUGUACGGAAGAUGUUGAGGGCGAAGCUCGUGGUGCUGGGAAGAGAUAACUGUGGGAAGACAGCUCUGUGUGUCAGAUUCAUCACCAGACGUUUCAUUGGAGAGUAUGAACAUAAAAGGGAGGUCACUUACAGGUGUCAGAAAAUCGUGGACAAGGAGGCGAUUGAACUGGAGAUUUUAGACACUGUUAACAAGGAAUGUGUAGGACCUGCUGCGUCGUCUCUGGAGAGUUCCAUUAAAUGGGGUGAUGGGUUUCUCAUUAUGUACUCUGUGACGGAUCGCAGCAGUUUUGAGGCUGUGUCGCGCCUGAAGAGACUGAUUGACCACAUUAAACAAACGCUUGGUAUUCCAACAGUCAUCGUUGCCAACAAAUGUGACAUGGAGAAUGGCCGAGUGGUGAGGACAGAUGAGGGACAGGCAUUAGCCUCAGACCUGAGGUGCAGUUUCUUUGAGCUGUCUGUGGCAGAGGACGCUUCAGCAGUGGAGGCCGCGUGCGGGCAGCUGGUGCGUGAAGUGCGUCAGGAGUUUCAGCGUCACCUGCUGGCUAUGGACAAGCGCUCACGGAUGCUGCAGAUGAGACAUGCACUCAAAAACAAGCUCACACGGAGUAAAACCAUGCAGUGGUGACCAGAAAGACUAAACGCAGUUCAGACAUGACAACCGUAGUGCUGUAUCCUGUAACCUUUCAGAGAACAACAAGUGCCUUCUGGAUUUCCAAAUACUGUCAUGGGCAUUGUAAUCUGUGUGUUUAUGACAGACGGCCUAAAACAGCAAAAAGCAGUGUUUUUUUUUGUUUGUUUUGUUUUUAAGGUGCAGUGUGCAAUUUACAGGCCACUGGCAGGAACAAACUGAAUUGUGAAAAUAAUGACUUAAAACACUCCCUGCCAUUGUUUGGAAAAACAGGUAGUCUCACCUCACACUUGCAGCUGAUUGAGUCAGAAGCUGACAUAUUUGAUAAACGCUUGAUACUCUAUUAAACCAGUUUAAGAGAAAGUACUUUAAUAUUUAAAAUGGGGUGAACAAGCGUCCCAUUUUCCCAGGACACGUCCUGGCCAGGAUUUCUAUAUUGCCUGAAAUAUCCAGGUUUUGGCUUUGUUUGCGCUGCGCAGACCA